CUUAAAAGAGUGAAAGUACGGGUGUGUAGUACGUUGGGACACGUUUACUUAUUUGAGAAAAUGUAAAAAUGAUGAAGUUUUAGAUGAUAAAUGUGCCUGAUGAACACAUGAUUCCAGAAUAGCAGCAAAAAGAAUGAGUUUAGUUCAUCAAGGAAAUGUUAUAUUUAAAGUCUCUUAUGGAAAUCUUAUUUUAAAGACUAACAAAUUACAGCUGUAGGCCCACAACGUGCCUUAUUUUUGUCUGACCAAAAUAGAUAUGGAUAUCGGAUGGCCCGUGCGUAAAACACUUUUGCGUAAAACACUAUCUUGAGACGUGGCAUCAUAUAAACACCUGAGGAAGUAUUCUCUAAAAGUUAAUAAUUAGCAGUGAGAACUGCUUUGGGUCUGAUUGUAUCCUUCUAAAUUAAGUGCUGGCACGUCUAACAAAUGCCAUUGCGCUUUAUCUCCUCCUUCGCACGCGCUCAAGGGUGACAGGAGCAGCAAUAAACUCGCGCGUAAAUCAGCUGGAAACUUUAAUUAAUAAACAGGAACUGCGCUCCACGCGCACAUCGUUCCACAGCCAGACCCACUGGACCAGCACUCCGACUCACUUCCGGUUCGACUGCCUGUAACCCUUUCCUAUCCUCGGCUCUCCCAGAGGCGGAGGUUCGGGUAUCUGCGCCGUCAUUGGUGGAAACGCGUCGUCACUGCGGCUCAGUCGGACUGUGAGUGGCGGUGGAGGCUGUCAGUCACUGCCAGGCUGCUGCCGAGACUCCAGAGAGAGGGAGAUGUCAGAGGCUGAGCUGCUCCCUCCUUUCAGUAGCACUAGUGGGGUUCAGCAGCCAGCAUGGCCACAGCUGCCUCCAGCCCCUACACCCUGCUCAGCUCCAGUCCCAUGAUCCACCCGGACAGCCAGGCCAUGCAGCCUGCUAGCCCCUACAGAGGACACCAGAAACUCCUCCAGAGUGACUACCUGCAGAGCGUCCAGAGCAACGGGCACCCGCUCGGGCACCAGUGGGCGAGCAGUCUGUCGGAGGGCAGCCCCUGGUCGGCCUCCAUGGAGCAGCAGGACGUCAAACCGGGGCGAGAGGACCUGCAGCUCGGCAUCAUCCAUCACCGCUCCCCGCACGUAGCGCAUCACUCCCCUCAUCACAACAACCAUGGCAACCACCCGGGAGCCUGGGGAACUCCGGUGUCCCACAACUCCUCCAUCACCAGCGGGCAGCAGAUCAACAUCUACUCCCAGACGGGCUUCACUGUCAACGGCAUGCUGGACCACGGUGGGCUCACACCUCCACCCAACCCGCAGGGCCAAGGCAUGCACCCGGGCCUCAGGGACACACUCAGCCCCGAGCACAGCGACCUCGGCGGGCACCACUGCCACGACCACUCCGACGAGGAGACGCCAACUUCGGACGAGCUGGAGCACUUUGCCAAGCAGUUCAAACAGCGGAGAAUCAAGCUGGGCUUUACGCAGGCGGACGUGGGUUUGGCUCUGGGCACGCUGUACGGUAACGUCUUUUCCCAAACCACCAUCUGCAGGUUCGAGGCUCUGCAGCUGAGCUUUAAAAACAUGUGCAAACUAAAGCCGCUGCUGAACAAGUGGCUGGAGGAGGCAGACUCGUCAACAGGCAGCUCUAGCAGUAUAGACAAGAUAGCAGCUCAGGGGAGGAAGAGGAAGAAGAGGACGUCCAUCGAGGUCAGCGUGAAGGGGGUCCUGGAGACGCACUUUCUCAAGUGUCCCAAACCCUCCGCGCAGGAGAUCACCUCGCUGGCGGACUCGCUGCAGCUGGAGAAGGAGGUGGUGCGCGUGUGGUUCUGCAACCGGAGGCAGAAGGAGAAACGCAUGACGCCGCCUGGAGAGCCGCCGCAACACGAGGGACCGUAUUCUCACAGCGGGAGCGCGGGAGACGCCUCCUCGUGCCACGAUCUCUGACCGAAGCACCGGGAGGAAUCCCCCCCCGGACAGACUCCCGAGCGCACGGGGCGCGCGGUGGCACCUUCCAGCCCUCGCGCCUGUCCCGUCACAGACUC